AUGGGAGGUGCUUUAUCCAGUACAGCCUUAUUUCGUCCUACUUCGCCAAGUUACGAAGAUGACUUGAAAAAUCUAAUUUAUAUCCCAGAGCUUUUACACAUAAAUCCAAAUAAAUAUUUGGAAAAUAAGCAAUUCGAGAUAUUUAAUAAAGAUGACAAUAUAAAAGAGUUAAGUAAAAGCAAAUUCCCAGCUUUAUUCUUUUAUUACUCUAAAAAGUUAAAAACUAAGCAUACAGUUAUGUAUUUUCAUAGUAACUCCUGUGAUUUAGGACAAAUUUAUGAAGAAUUAUAUACUUUACAUGAAUUUUUACAUAUUAAUAUAUUAGCUAUAGAAUAUGUUGGAUUUGGUUUAUCCUAUUUAGAAGGUUCACCCAAUCAGUAUAAUAUUAAUAGAAGAGCAUUAGCUGCUUAUAAUUUUUUAAAAUCAUUAAAUUUAAACCCUGAAAAUAUAAUACUAUUUGGUAGAUCUAUAGGUACUGGUGUGGCUACUAAAUUAGCUCAUAAUGUAAAACUCAUGGGCGAUAAUAUAGGAGGAAUUAUAUUACAUUCUCCAUAUAUAUCAAUUGAAAAGUUAGUAGAAGAUUAUGUCUCAUAUUCUUCAUAUCUAAUUGAAAAUAUAUAUGACAAUUUUAAAAGUUUAACAGCCCUUAGUAAUAAUGAUGAUUCAGAUGCUCCAUUCUUACUUAUACAUGGUAAAGAUGAUGAAGUAAUAAAUAUAUCUCAUUCCGAAUAUUUAAUCAAAAAUUUAAAUAAUAAAUUUAAGUCUUCCUUUUAUCCUGACGACUCUUCUCACAACUGUUACUAUGUCAUUGAUGACAUUGCUAUACCCACAAAGAAAUUUCUAUGUACCCUCAGUAAAUCACGUCAUCAAAAAAAGACAGAAGUACUAUUAUCGUUAUCUUAUCUAAGAAAAGAGCUAACAAUAUUUGAAAUACGAAAAUUUGGCUAUAAAAAAAAAGGACAAAAACAGAUAAUACAUAUAAGCAAUAUGUACAAUGAUGAAUGUGUAAGGAAAAUCCAUAAACAGAAAAAAAAAUUAUGCAAAAAAAUUAAAAAAUUGAAUAAAAAAUAUAAGUUAAAUGAAUUAGGUAAAGAAGAAAUAAACAAUGACACCGCAAUUGAAAAUAAUGUCAAAGGAUAUGCCGAAAUGUAUAAUAAUAAAAUCAACAGAGGUGAAAAUUUUACCAAGUUAGACAAAACACAAACUACUGAAGAUACAGACAAUUCUUAUAGUGAUCAAACAUUUACAGGCACCGAUAGUAAAUCCUCAUCAUAUACAAACUAUUACGAAUAUAAUGAAAACCGAGAUGUUAAACAUCGAGUUCGUGAUAUAGUAUAUUUUUUUAAUACUAAAUGUUUUAAAAAUACACAAAAAAAUGAUAAUAUAAAUAAUAAAUCGAAUUGCAUUAGAGCCUAUUCAAAUUUCCAUUUAGAUGAAAAACCAAUAAAUUAUAAUGAUUCAUGUGCAUCUGACUAUUUUAGUGAAAUUGAAGAAAAGCAAAGAAAUCUAUCUGAUUCUGAUCUAGUUAAUAAAAAAUAUCAUAAUGUGAUACAUCAAAAAAAAAAAGAUGGACAUAAAUCAAGUGUAUUAUAUUGUAACUUUAAAAAUAUUACGCACAACAAAAUUGCUACUGAUAUAACACAAUAUUCGGAUGAUAUAAAAAGAGAAUGUAACACAAAUAUAUAA